AUGGCGGACGACAAGGUGAGUAAUGUAGUUUGGCUUCAAUCGUAUUUUUUUCCUAUAUAUAUAUAUUAGAACAGCAUGAUCUAGUCUUCUGCUCUUCCUAAACCAACUUGCUUUAACUCAAAACCAGACAGGCCCGGUUGGUUGGUAUUCGGAUGUCUAGUUAACUAGCUGGUUACUGUCCUUGUAGCUACAUGUACACCAACAUAAAGUGUCUUAAUAGGGCGUUGGGCCACCAUGAGCCGCCAGAACAGCUUGACUGCGCCUUGGCAUAGAUUCUACAAGUGUCUUUAACUGGAGGGAUGCGACACCAUUCUUCCACGAGAAAUUCCAUCAUUUGGUGUUUUGUUGUUGUUGAUGGUGGUGUAAAAGGCAGUGUGGUGUAAAGCCUUAGGCAGUGUUACCUAAGCUCAUUGCAUUAAUUUACUGUAUACCUUAUUUGUAUGUUUUCUAGGAUCCUUUCAAACAGAUGAAGGAUCUCAACCAGCUCAAGAAUCAGCUGGAAGAGAUCCAGAAACGUGUGGAGAGUGAAUUUGCAGAAGGAAUCCCGCAGGUAUGUUGUUAUUAUGCAAAGUUAGAAAGUAGGUGAAAUGUCACCUUAAGAAACAGAACAGCAGACAAACUCCGUCCUGAAAAGAAUAGAAGGAUCAAGUAAUGAUUAUGUAUCAUUAAAGAGUUGUAAUAGCAGGGCAUUUGUAAAAAAAAAAAAAAAAGUGUUGCAUCCUUUGUCCUGACUGUUGUUUCCUGUUCUCCCUCAGGGGGGCUCUGUGCUGGCAUCUCCCUUCCUGAAGGGUUUCCUGGCUGGCUAUAUGGUGGCCAAGCUCCGCUCCUCAGCUAUCAUAGGAGUGCUACUGGGAACAUUCACAGGCAUCUAUGCUGCACAGAACUAUCAGGUGCCCAACAUCGAAAGCACCUGAAAGACUAUAUGAGUUUGUUUAGAAAAGGAUCCAAGUAAUGGGAAGAACCAGGCCUAGGCUUCAUCUUCUAACUGCCUGAGGUUUGGGGCACAACCACCACUUCUGUGGAUAACCUCUUUUUCAGAGGCUCAAACCUCUGCUUUGUAUACUGCAAAAAUUAUAUUUGGUUUUAACUGGAUUUUGAUGUAUCAAUUGGGAGUCGGUGUGAAAGACUGGGUUUGCGUUGGGUUAUGUGCAAAUGUUAAAGGGUAAAUCUACUGUCAGUGCCCUGGGAAAAUAUCUGUUAUUCUCAAUCUGCUGAUCAGUGAAUCAGAUUAUAAAGUCUGUAAAAGGGGAUAAGGUUACAUGUAAGGUUACAUUGCAGGGAUGUUUGACUGCUUGCCUUAGUAACAUUGCCUGGUGCAGCCAUCUAGGCCUAAUUGAUUUUGAAUCAAUGAUGUCAACAGCAAGACAGUGUCCCAUUUUAUGUUUUCUAAGCAGAAAUACCUUUUACCAGCUUAAAAUACAAACAUACCUUGAGAAUAUCAUGUUAUUGUUGAACAGAUUUUGCCUAAAUUAUGGGAUUUGUUGCUAAUUUAGAUGUUAUGAUUUAAGGUGAGGGUAUUUGUACAUUCACAGACAUAUGCUAGUUAUUCAGGGGUGUGAGUGACAUGCAGUAUUGAGAAUGAUUGCGAUCCAGACCAUGGGGUCCGGGUCCCCGUCCUGUCGCAGCAGGUGGUGGAUGAAGGGGAGUCCACCUGGGGCUGGUAUCCCUGGCCACUCUGCUCCUGACUGGGUGCCUGUCUGCCCUGCACGCCCCCCUGUCCCUAGGCUGAGGACCAGGCGAGUCCCAGGCUUCACAUCACAGCCUGGGGCCUUGUUCUUGUGCUGGUCUACUACUUCAUCUCAGGGCUGGCGGCCGUCUACACAGAGCGGUUGCUGAAGAGCCAGCGACUACCCCUCAGCCUGCAGAACCUGUACCUGCAUGUGUUUGGAGUGGCCAUCAACGGGGUCUGCCACCUCUCCAGCAUGGGGGAGAGAACAGGGUUUCCUGGAGGGCUUCCUGACUGGCUGUAUGGUGGUUACCCAGGGGCGGUGUGGGCCAUCGGGCAGGGCAGGCGGCUAACGGGUUGCUGAUGUCAAUAGUGCUGAAGCAUGGCAGCGGCAUCACCAGUUUAUGUCAUCUGCUCUAUGCUGGUCAACACCCUCCUAUCCUGUGUUCUACUGGGCCUGCAGCAGGCCCUUCUUUCUGUUACCCACCUCUAUGAUCAGCCUGGCAGCCUACCUGUACUACAGGUAGCAGAACUCUGCCUAAAUCUACCUGUGUUAUGGACAGUGGACCCCAGCUAACUCCCAUUCCACUGCUCCAUCACAAUCUCUGGCAGCAUUAUUUACCAGAUGAUGCAUUGACAUUUAGGUUGGAAUGUUUUUUUCCCCCUUUCAUGAUAUAUAUAUAUAUAGUAUUUUUAAUUUAAUGUCCCAAAUGGUUUAUUUAGUUUUGCAAUAUUGAUUAUGCAGUAGAAGCUGCAGGUGAGUCUUGCAGACCCUUCCAUCUCACUGUUACUGGUUUAUCUGCUACCCAUAAUGCACACUGCCUACUUUUCACUUGCCUUUGUUUUCCAGCUUAAUCAGAUUCUGCCAUUCAUUCAUGCCUUUUCUUCAAUAUAUCAUGGGUGGACUCAUUGAAUUGUUGGAUUUGGGUAAUAAGUCUACAUUAUUUCUACAUUACACAACACUUGAGUGGUGCUAUGAUUGUCAUUUUAUUAGCAUUCAUCAUCAUUACCUCUGCCAAGUAAAAUGUCAAAGAUACAAUAUGGUACAGAAAGUGUUUAUGGAAUACCAGAUAAUAAAUAUAAUUUUUUA